AUGAGCGAGUCGGCGCCUACUGCUGCUGAUGAGGCCAGCCGCCCUUACGACGCUACUUUUGCUUCAUCCUCGACAUUGGACAUGUCGAUCGACGAGCAGCUUGGAAAGGCAGAAGGAUUCAAGGGCGAGGGCAAUCAAGCAUACGAGCGCGACCAGUUGACAGAGGCACUCGGCAAAUGGCAUAUGGCGCUCCUUCAUUGCGCCGGCAUCAACUCGUUCGCCAGCAUGUACGGCGCCCGCUCCACAGAAGCCGAAAACGAACGUGCUGCAGGCAUCACCAGCGCAGUGUACAACAACAUGGCAGCCUGCUAUCUUAAACAAGCCAAGUGGGACAAGGCGGUGUAUGCAUCUUCCAAAGCGUUGGCGCUCGCACCCAAGAAUCUCAAGGCGCUCUAUCGUCGGGCCGAGGCGUAUCUGGAGCUUGGAAGAAACCAGCUCGCAGCCAGGGACAUCGACCUAGCCCUCGAUCUGAGGCCGGAAGAUCCGGUCAUUCGCAAAUUGGGCGAGCGUCUAGUGGAAGCCUUCGAGGCCGAAGAGCGCAAGAGAGAGAUGGACAGGACCGAAGAAGCAUGA